CCAAAGAAUUAGUCUAUAUAGAUGCUAUAGCUAGUCUUAACACUCUUAAUACUUCUUUGACUAUUAUCUCAACUAAUACUUCUAUUAGUGGCUUACCUCUUGCUACAAUAUUAACAUUAGAUAAAAUUAUAAUUAUACUUACAAAAGCUUUAGAUAUAUUAAAGCAUAUAAUAUUAUUAACUAUAUUUAGUAGACAUAGACUUUUUGUUAGACCUCAAAUUAUUAUAACUGAUAAUUCUACUGCAGAAAGAAAA